AUGCCCGUCGCCAAAAAACAGCGCAACACGCUUGCGCGCCUCGAAAACCGUGAGAGCAGCUGGCAGCAGUUCAAGCGCUUGUUGCGACACCUCCGUGGCUACACUGUUGGCGGCGAUGCGCUAGGCGAUUUUGGAGAUGAAUCCAUGAUGGUGGCUGCGAAGAAUUAUUAUAUCAAUUUUGAGGCGGGCGAUAAUUACUACAUCAACUUUGAGGCGGGCGAUAAUUAUCAUUUCAACUUUGAGGCUGCCGAGCCGGAUGCUGCGUGGCCAGAUGCUGCGUGGCCGGAUGUCUGGGAGGGGGACUACGAGGAUGUGCUGGAUGAGUAUUCCUAUGCUUUGUCUGAAAGCGACUAUUCUGAAUAUACCUGCUCUUUUUAA